AUGUCACGCAUGAUUCCAUCUCCGGAUUGGUUUAUUGGAAUAGAUUCGUUUGAUCUGUGCGUGAAUGGUAAUUGGCUCGACAGCAUCACUAUAGAGGCUGAUCCAAUAGACGCGGGAUGCGACAACGGAUUCACGUUUACAGCGCCGAACUGGCCUACCGAUCCACAGGGCAUUGUAUACCGAAUAAAAAGCAACUAUCCAUCACACCCUGCCAGUUCUUUCUAUUAUCCACAGUUCAAUCGGUUGCCGACGAUAGCGACUUUUCAAUUUAUAAAAAUUAAAGAAUACGAACAGUCCUUGAGCGGCAGAGGGCAAGCAUCAGACCCCACGGUAAAAAUUGAAGAGAGCGUCAUUAAAGUUUUAAAUGGUGAGAACGAUAGCGAUCGAGAGGUACAACUGGAAAUGGAACAGCAAAGACGAGAACAAGAGUACAAUAACUAUAAAAGGUACGAUUGCAAAGCGGCACUAUUAUAA